ACAACAAUAACAAAAGCUAACAAACGAGUUUUUUAAACAAAAAUGUUAUUAACAAUUAAAUGCGCUCAGAAUGUGAUUAAGCCGAACUUUCAGAAAGUGGCCAAUCUGCUUACCAAUCGCUGUAAAUCUGGUUUAUCUCAGGGCAGUGCAACAACAGCAACGAGUGGCAGCGGUUCGCAAAUCUUAGUUCUGUAUUCGCCAGCAACGAGAGAAGGAGCAAAAACAGCAACAGCAGCAACUGGUGGCAGCACAAAUCUCCGGAGAUUCUACGGCACCCAAAACUCGGGGGCUUCAAUCACAUCGAAAAAACGCAAAAUGGUGGUGCGACUAAACGAACAGGAGCGUGCUGAGAAGCUGCAACCUCUCCUUGAUGCCGGUUGGACUUUGGUGGAGGGACGCGAUGCCAUCUUCAAGCAAUACAUUCUAAAGGACUUUAACCAGGCCUUCAGCUUCAUGACGGGCGUGGCCCUUUUGGCCGAGAAGAUCAACCACCAUCCCGAGUGGUUCAACUGCUACAACAAGGUCGACGUCACUCUGUCCACUCACGAUGUGGGCGGUCUCAGUUCGCAGGACAUUCGCAUGGCGAAUCACUUGGAGACCACGGCCAAUUUGUUGAAAUAAAAGCAUUGUUAUACUAUUUUCUAUUAUCUAUAAUAUCUGGAAUCCAAUAAACACUUAGCCCAACAUCGAUUUGCUCAGGA